AAUUGGCGCACGAAUGAUCCUCAUCACGCAGAAAUAGCUGUUGACGUAGCAAAGUGGCAAGGCGUCCUCGAGAUUUUGCCAGACGAAGUCCUUUUCACCAACGACUGGACGCAAUAUUUGCGACUGUUUCUAGAGGAAGCUCAAAUCGCACAGGAAAAAAUGGAGGAUGGUUUUUAAGGGUGAAAUCAAUGUUAUGUGAUCAUUGUUUCACGUUCACCAGUCGGUGGUUCUAAAAUUAAUAAGAGUUUUCUUUCACGUUCACCAGUCUGUGUUUCUAAAAUAAGAGUUUCCGUCAUAAUAAGUAAAAGUUCUCUCACAGUACUAGAAUAGCAUGCUCAUGCACCGCGUUGCUUCAACAUGUACUACUAUAGUAGAAUGGUAGAAGAUUCUUGUAGAAUUUCUGGGUAGACGAUAUUAUGAGCGUCUGCAUCUUCUCUUCCUCUAUUCUAAAUCACAACCCC